CUGAUGCAGUUUGAGGCUGUUCAACAACAGCACCUCUGAAUAUCGGCCAACAGUAUUUGAAGUCUUGUGCCUGUGAUGACGUACCUCCGGUCAAAUUAAGCUAAAUGGGGGGUGAAGCUUCUCUUCUAGCGCUGGCAAUUCUCAACCAUUUAAAUAAAAAUGUGCAAAAAACGGCUUGUAUGGAUGAGGGAAUACCCGUUCACAUCAAAGAGCAGAUUGCCCCCAAACACGCUAUAUCCUGCAUAAUGAGGGUGCUGCAGAUCCUCUCAUUGUCCGCCCCACACCGACUAUUACAUUAUUUACGAAGUGGGAAUGUGUGCCGUGCUGUAAUGCUGUCAGCUGCUGCCUGCAUGCUACGUCUAUUACGGUAGUUAUCGGUGGAGCCUGACGGAUGCAGAGAUAGAGAAGAGGGAGAGGACACGGGAGGCAGCCUGGUUUUCACCACAUCAGAGGUUUCUUCCACAGUACCUUUUGCCAUCCGUCUCAUCAUGUUGAGGAAGGGCUCAGAGCUGCUGAAGGGAGACCGAGAGGUCCUCCUGGAUCUGGACUACGUGGCUGAAGCACAAAGCACGGGCGGCUAUGGGAGCCUGCAGAACGGCAGCUACAUCCCGGCUAGAUGUUUUGCAGCUGUUGACGAAGUGGGCGAUGAUGAUGAUCCCAUGUACAGUCGCUGUAACGCAAGAAGCAACCAGCCAGUUCCACAGCUGGGGAAUUACUUCAGAGAUGGCCGAACCAAAAUCGACUUUGUACUGGUGUGGGAGAUUCGCUCACGGAGAAAAAAGCGAGGGAAGACAAAGAGCCGGGGGAACGCUGAGGGGGCGGAAGCGGCGCCAGCGGAGGAGAACAACAGGUCUGAACGCAGGAAGGCACAGCUGGCACAGUGGAGGGAGAAGUUCGUCCAGAAUUUGGAGAGUGCUGGAUUGCUCAUGGAAAAGGAGGAAACAGCCAAUGAAAAGAAAACGAUUCACUUUCUGAAACUUAGCGCUCCUUGGGAGGUGUUGCUGUAUUACGCGGAGGAACUCUGUCUGAGGGCUCCGUUGCAGGCCCAGGCCAACCUGGACCUGAACACAUCUGCUCUGGUUCUGAAGAGACUGUGCAUACCUAACGUGAUGAUGGAGUCGGUGCCAAACAGGCCGCUGGACUACUACACAUGUGCCUUUCGCAAGUCAAAGAUGAACCGGUUCCUAGGCUGCAACGACCAACAGUCCUUCUUCACCAACGCACAGAGGCACCGUGUUGUGUACGAGAUUCUUGCCAGGACGGUGUACGGCAGAAGGAAGAGGGCUGAGGUUGGUGUGGACAGACUGGUAAACGAAGGCGUGUACACGGCAGCUUUCCCGCUGCACGAGGGUCCCUUUCAGCUUCCAAAGCACGAGAUCCGUCCUGACGAGCUGAACCAGAGGCAGAUUCUUUACCACUAUUGGGCCCGCUGGUGGAAAUGGUACAAGUACCAACCUCUGGACCACAUCAGGGAGUACUUUGGAGAGAAGAUUGCACUCUACUUUGCCUGGCUGGGUUUCUACACAGCGUGGCUGCUGCCGGCGGCUGUGGUUGGAACCCUGGUGUUUGUGUCUGGAGUCCUGUCCAUGGGUUCCAACGCGCCAGCUAAAGACAUCUGUAACAGCGAAGCUAGUUAUCUGAUGUGUCCUCUCUGUAAUACAUGCAAGGCCUGGAACAUGUCUGACACAUGCACCAUGGCCAAGUUGGGCUACUUGUUUGACCACCCAGGCACAGUCCUCUUCAGCGUGUUCAUGUCCUUCUGGGCCGUGACCUUCCUGGAGUACUGGAAGAGGAAGAUGGCCACCCUGUCCCAUCACUGGGACUGCAUGGACUUCCAUGAAGAAGAGGAGCGUCCUCGCCCAGAGUUUGCAGCCACGGCCCCGACUAUGGAGCCAAACCCAGUGACUGGGGUGAAAGAGCCCUACUUUCCUGAGAAGACCAGGUUGUCCCGGAUGUUCACUGGCUCCAUGAUCAUUAUUAUGAUGCUGUGUGUGGUGAUGAUUUUCCUGGUGACGGUGGUCAUGUGCCGAGGUAUCAUCAGCCUGAUGUUGUUCCGCACUGGGAGCCCCGUCCUGCGUACAGAGGCAGGGACCAUAGCCAACGUCUCCAGCAGUGUUGUGAAUCUGGGCCUCAUUCUGUUGAUGGGCCGAGUCUACACCGCAUUAGCCGAGCAGCUCACUAAAUGGGAGAUGCACAGAACACAAACCCAGUACGACAAUGCCUUCAUCUUCAAGGUGUUCAUCUUCCAGUUUGUCAACUUCUACUCGUCCCCCUUCUAUGUGGCUUUCUUCAAAGGAAGGUUUGUGGGUUACCCCAGCAACUAUGGCACCUUGUUUGGGAUGAGAAAUGAAGAUUGUGGUCCUGGCGGUUGCCUCAUUGAACUGGCUGAGCAGCUCUUCAUUAUUAUGGUGGGGAAGCAAGUCAUCAACAACAUUCAGGAGUUCGUUAUCCCUAAAGUGAAGGCCUGGCACCAGAAGAGGACUCUGGCCAAGGUGCUGGGGGAGAACGCGUCCCGUGAGCCUCGGCGCUGGGAGGAAGACUACAAGUUGGUGGAGUGUGAAGGCCUUUUUGAAGAGUACCUGGAAAUGGUGCUCCAGUUUGGGUUCAUCACCAUCUUCGUGGCAGCGUUCCCGCUCGCUCCGCUCUUCGCCCUCCUCAACAACUGGGUGGAAAUCCGUCUGGACGCGCACAAGUUUGCAUGCGAGUACCGCCGGCCGGUGGCUGAGCGCGCCCAGAACAUCGGCGUCUGGUUCAACAUACUGGAGGCCCUGUCCCACCUGUCCGUCAUCGCCAACGCUUUUCUCAUAGCCUUCACAUCCGACUUUUUACCUCGGCUGCUCUACCAGUACAAGUUUGACGAUGGUCUUAAUGGAUAUGUCAACUUCACGUUAGCUUACGCCCCACGGAACUACACUGAGAACCCCAUGUGCAGAUAUAAAGCCUUCAGAGACAACAAUGGAGACUAUUCUCUGUUCUACUGGGAGCUUCUUGGCGUCAGACUGGGUUUUAUCAUUGCUUUUGAGCAUGUGGUGUUCUUCGUGCUGCGAGCCAUCGACUGGAUCGUGCCCGAUGUCCCAGAGUCACUCGAGCUGAAGAUCAAGAGGGAGCGCUACUUGGCCAAGCAGGCGCUUGCCGAAAACCACGAGGCUCUGCUGGGGAGUCGAGGCCGAGGGCCCCCCCCUGCUGCCCCCGCUGCCACCGCGCGCACAUCCAGCCCAGUGAAUGUUGCUGGAGGAGAGCAGCCAGCGACGCGUCCUCUGGAAGCAUGAGUUAGGACUGGUAGCGGGUGGUUUGAGGGAUUCUUCUUCACAUCUGGGACAGCAUUGGUGAAGCUGAGUGGAAUACGGCUCCUGCACUGGGAUUCUGUUUGUCAUUGUGUUCAUUAAUGUGCACGUCGCCACGCGGACUUUAUGAUGAGCAGAAACUCCUCUUUUCAUCUGGAGACCACAAGUCCUCAACUCAAGUCUUAUCUUAAGGCCUUCAGAAAUGCAUCUCCUCGUGAAUCAUACUGGGUGCUGACCGCACAGCAACCGAUGCUUUGCCGGAUCGCACUUGAAGGAAUCAAAAACAAAAUCUCCCAGAAAAUGUGUUUUGUACAGUUUGUUGAUGCACUCAGCCUAAUUUCUUUUAAAUCUGCAUCCAUCGCUUUUAUUUUAAUGUAUUUUUUUUUUAUCUUGGCAGGAAUGAUGCCUUAAUAUAUGUAUAAAUGAGUAUUGAAUUAGUUUGGGGAAAAACUCAAAAUGCAGCACAGUAAUGGGCAUAACAUCUACCAUAGUGAGCCACAUCUAUGCCAAUAACUUAAGUAUUAUUAACUAAAUUUGCAGCAUGAAUUGUUAAUGCUAUCAGUGUUCUGUUCUUUUUGUUCUAGUUACAAAGUCAUACUGAAUUAAUUACUGAGUUUUGUCGUUAUUUUGAUGCUAUAUGGUUUUAAUGACUUUAAAGGGUAAUUCCACCCAAAAAUGUUGUGUUUUCUGACCUCAAGUGGUGUAAGUUCUCAUCUUGAAGCACUAAUGCGUUGGUGUGAACUGUGACCUCACAGUUGGGUGUCCGAGUACACGCAGACACACCCGUCAGUGAGCUUCACUGGUUGUGGUCAGAGGGGAGACCCUCUCUACCGCUCCGUCUCAAACACACGCACACACAUGAAUGAAGCCUCUGGGUCCCGUUUGGCUAAAUUGUACAUCUUUGGCCUACAUUUGGAGUUAACCAUUGUGUUGAAAUGAUUGACCAACCGGUCGUUUUUCAGUUCAUUUCCAAAAGGCGUUGAUUGUGAGCUGAUUAUCUGAUGUCCUCAAUGGGAUGGAGAGCAUAUUUAGACAUCUACACUUGUUUGCAAUGUAUAUACACAUUGGAUGCUGAGCAUGCCCAUCCUCUGUAACUCAACUCUGUGCAGAGUUUCGUACGGAUGAUUUCUGCGAGUUGCUGCUGUAAGAUACGAAAUAUAGUAUCAACAUAGAACAUAUUUUCAUGUGUGGGAUGUUUGCCAUUUAAACACUUUUGGACCAAAAUAAACGUAGUUUGUUGAAUGCA